AUGUCGUCCUGGGGGCCUCCUGGUCGGCUGGCAAUCACCAUUGACUUGACGUCCGACGACGAUGUGCCCGCCCCGGCGACCAUAGAUUUGACCUCGGUGGAUGACCCACGAUCCUCUUCCUAUGUCUCACGAGAGCCAGAAGUGAAGGUUGAAGACGAGUCUUCAACCCUGGCUGGGUCAAGUACACCUGACUCCGGGGAGUCCAGUCCGAAGUCGCAACAGGACGAUGACAUCGCCCAGACGGAGUCCAAUCCUACUGACUUCGGCGACCUGAGCCCGAGAAAUCCGCAGGAUCAAGGAGGCAGCUCAGCAGACGAGGGUUUGACGCUGAGUGCCAUACUCGCCCGUAACAAGAAGCGUAAGCGUGACUCUGGUGACGUUCGCAACUCCGAGUCCAAGUCUACCGACGUGUCCAUGCCUUUGACACCCAAAACCCUCGGAUCCCUGGUCGGCUCUCAUACUCUGAAACCUGCCUUCGACAAGUUCUUUGCCGUCCGCAAACGAAUUGGGAACGAGUCCUGCUCCGAAAAGUCCAAACAGGACGAGAAGUCGAAGACUCCCGCAAACGAAAGCAAGAGCAUCCAACAGGGAAGGCAAUCGGCCAAGAAUGCAAAUCCUCACAUCCUGAACAUCGUCAGGGAAGAGGUGUUUCGCAAGGAGGAGAAGAAGAAGAAGAAAAACAAACACCGCGGAGACCCAAGCUCACAGGAGAAAUCAUCGAAAAAACACAUUCAAGUUGAUGGGCAAGCUUUCUCGAAACCUGCUCCUCCACGCGCGGCUUCUGAGGCACCUGAAACCGUUCGCCCGAAGAAGAAAAUUGAAAUUUAUGGAAGCAUAAGACAGCCUCAGGCCCGUGAGGAAACUGAGCAGAAGCGCCCUCACAAGAGGCGCAAGCACAGCAGCCCCGGAGAUACUGCUUCUGGCUCCAUCUCUCUUGCCGCUGCUCCCGACACCACCAUAAAUCAGGCGGCGUCUGUAGACAAGCUCCGAGGCCAUAAGUCCAAGACCAAUGGUGUAGGGAGAAAACGUCCCGCGGGCAAGGACAAGGCCACUGAUAUCCCUAAUGGCUCUCCAAGAUAUCGGCCAGGCGGUUCCCACCGCAAUCGCAUUGAAAAGGCUCCGCAUCACGAGAGCCGACAAAAGAAAGACCCUGCAAGAGUUCGAGAGAAAGCUCACAUAUCCAAACGAGCUGACUCUGGGAAGCAGCAGGGAGAUAAGGCAUAUCUGGUGGCAGCUUCAAAUGAGCGAGGAGCAUGGGCACCAAAAUGGUUUGCAGCGUGCUGGAAUGGCAUCUCAACGGCCAUUGGAGAGCAGAUCUAG